UUCGCAACGAAGAUGGCGCAGGUGGUGGUGAUUCCCGUGCUCUCGGACAACUAUGCGUACUUGCUCGUGGACGAAGCGACGAAAACGGCGGCCGCCGUCGACCCUGUCGAGCCGCAUAAGGUGCUGGACGCGGCCAAGGCCCUCAACGUCCAUCUCACACACGUGCUCACGACGCACUCGCACUUCGACCACGACGGUGGCAACGAAGAGAUGCUGCAAUUGCUGCCGCAUUUGACGAUCGUCGGCGGCAAGAACGACCGUGCGAGCGCCGUCACGCACGAAGUCGACCACAACGACGUAGUGCGCAUUGGCGCGCUCGAGGUCCGCGUGCUCUACACACCGUGCCACACGCCCGGCCACGUGCUCUACUUGUGCGAAAGCAACCUCUUUACAGGCGACACGCUCUUCAUCGCGGGCUGCGGCCGCUUCAACGGCGGCACGCCGGCGCAGAUGCACCAUGCGCUCAACACGGUGGUCGCGCAGCUGCCGCUCGAUACCAAGGUCUACUGCGGACACGAGUACACGACCAACAACCUCGCGUUUGCGGCCGCCGUCGAGCCUGCGAACAAGGCCAUUGCUGCCAAGCAAGCUGGGCAUCGGCGCAGACUAUCACGGUGCCGUCGACAAUUGCGUCCGAGCUCGAAACCAACCCAUUCUUGCGCGUGACGGUGCCCGCUGUGCAGGCAUACACACAGGUGUCGGACCCCGUGGAUGUCAUGGGCCGUCUCCGCGAGCUCAAGAACUCAUUUGGCAACGGUGCUGGUCCACGCAAGUAGCUG